CCCCGUCCAACCUCCCAACGAGGCUGCUUAUAUACAUAAAUCUGCGAGAAAACUGCCCUCAGUAGAAAAGAUAUGCUCACAUCCCCCGCAAGACAGCGUAAUACGAGGCUCUCUUGCUGCGCGAGGGGCGUCCAUGGUGGGCACCCGACAACGUGUCUCUUCCAUUUAGCCUGUAAGCGAGCGCGCACCCCUUCCCUGCCGGCUCCGUCCCAAUCACCUCACCAAACAAACCCCUACCUCCGACCCCUACCCGUCCGAUGCUCGCCCAACGAAACAGGAAGUUGGAAACACAGCGGUGGGUUCGCCAAAUCCCACGGCAAGGGGUCGCCAACGGGCGUGCCGCUCUGUUGCGUUUUCGCUGCUUUUUGCCCAGACGUCCGUCCGGCCACGCGGUUUUCUAAACUUGGCCUGGAUGGCGAACAGCUGCCGAUUGCAACACGGAGCACGCUGCGCGCUCGCACACCGCACGCGCAACGUGCGAAAUCUGUACCGGAGCUCCGUCUACGCAGCUCGCUUGCCCUUCCUGCUGGGUACGGGGUAGGGGGGAACGUGCGUAUUACGAACGACGUGUGGCCGGUCGGUCGACCCUGCACUGCGCACUGCGCACUGCGCACAACGCAUGUUCACGCCUGUCGGCGGAAAGAAAAUUUUCCCUCUUGCGCCUACGUGCGUAGGCUUGAAGCCGCAAGCACAGGCCGAGGCGCGAAUUGACCAUGCGCGUGAUCCCUACACACAGCAACCCUCAGCUCGCCCGUGAAACCUGCUCCAAAGAAAUCGAUAUAUCGACCGCUCGCAAGAGG